AUGACAUCUGAUGAUACAUCGGAGAACUCAUCUGGACUUGUAUUUGAUCACAUGUCAGGUGAUGGAGGUAACUGCGAAAAUAAAACGACCUCUAAAGAAUUUAAUAUUAAUGAAAAACGUGAUCCAAGAUUUUUUCCUCCCAUUGAUACUUCAAAAAUUAGAUCUAACAUGUACUCACGAUUUAUAACAUACAGAUUUACACAGACUGAUGAAAUUGGCUGGAAAGGAAAAAGAUUUCAUUUUCAGCUCUCUUACGACGGCGAUCCAUUAUUCCAUACAAAAACAAAAUCUCGAAGACCAACAUCAUCGGUACCAAUUAGUUCAGGCAGUGAUAUGCAUUUUUCACAGAAACAAUUUGCGGCUUAUUUAUUAGUUACAGAUUCAAAUCAAUUAUUUUCUCUACGCAAAGAUGAAGAAUUUGGCAGUGAAAUAAUGACUGUAGAAUUUCGUCAAGAAUCAAAAUCUACACCAAGAGAAACAGUCGUUAAUAUGUUCGAAAAAGUUGAAUUCGUACCCCGUAAACUAGUAUCUUUAAAGCCUAAACUUUCAAAUACUGGUCGAUGGGAACUUUCUUUUUUGAACCGCGAGAUUAUUCCAAGUAUCAAGAAUUGUAUUCUAGUGAAUCAAGAUGAUUCAAUUCCAUACAUUAUGGUUCGUCGCGUAUGCAAAUCAACACUUGAAAUUGAUGUACCGAGUAUUUAUCCACCUAUUUGUGUUUUCGGACUAGCGCUUUCCGUUUGGCUAAGUUAA